AUGGGGACACAAGAGGCCAUGGAAAAACCUACUGAGUAUUCAGACAUCGAACGACAAACAACCCAAAAUGAGGGACAGAUACAGGCAGGGACAAUUCAAGGGCUUAGGCUGCAGACAGGCACGCGAAAGAUGACCUAUCUGGAGACAAUAUCUGCCAGUUGGGUCAUCUGCGACAGUUGGGCUGGCGUCUCCGCAACUGUUGCUUUAGCUAUUGCACAGGGAGGACCUGUUACUUUGAUCUACGGCCCCGUUGCCAUAUUCUUGCUUGUGGGGGCGUGUGCACUAACAAUGGCCGAGCUGGCGAGUGCAUAUCCUACGGUAGGUGGUCAAUAUCACUGGUGUAGCAUCUUGAGCCCGAAGGCGUGGAGUCGUGGUCUGAGUUACUGCUGCGGAGUUGCGAAUGUGUUUGCAUGGAUUGCCAUCUGCACGGGAAUCGCCAUCAUUCCAGCUCAGUUGAUACUGGGUAUGGUUGUUUUCUGGAAUCCGGAUUACGUCCCACAGCCGUGGCAUUACUUCCUGAUCUACCAGGCAAUUAACGGGUUGGUGUUGAUAUACAACAUCCUUCUACUGAAACGAUCCUUAUGGAUUCAUGAUGUCUCCUUCUUCAUCACUCUUGGCACCUUCCUACUCAUCACAAUUACCUGUGUAGCUCGGUCGGUCCCUCACUAUGAGACAUCGCGCAGUGUAUGGUCCAACUUUCUCAAUGACAGCGGAUGGAGCUCCGGAGGAGUUGCCUUCCUUACAGGACUAGUAUCGCCUCACUAUGCCUACGCAGGCAUUGAUGGCGCUAUUCAUCUUGCGGAGGAGUGCAAAGAUGCUGCAAUAGUGGUUCCACGAGCUCUGUUGAGCACGUUAAGUAUUGGAUUUGUGACCACUUUUGGGUUCAUGAUUGCCAUGCUGUAUUGUACUAAUGACCUGGCUGCCGUCGUUGCAUCCCCGACAGGUGUUCCAAUUUACGAGAUGUGGCAUCAGGCAACGAGAUCCAGUACUGCAGCCACAGUCUUCAUCGUCCUUCUCGUGUUUGCCGCAAUCUUCGCUUUGAAUGGAGCUCAACAAACAGCCUCGCGUCUCACUUGGUCAUUUGCUCGAGACCACGCCCUUCUCGGUAGUCGAUGGCUUGGAGCAAUGCAUCCAUACCUUGAAGUUCCUGUAUGGUCGCUCAUCUUUAACUUCACCGCGAUGUUCGUCAUCGGGUGUAUCUACUUGGGCUCAUCUUCGGCCUUCAACGCUUUCAUCGGUAGCGGCCUUGUGCUGCAGCAUAUCUCGUAUGCAUUCCCGGCAGUGCUUCUGAUGUACCGCGGUCGUUCUGAGAAGUGGCUACCCAAGAAUAUCCCGUUCCGACUAAGGAGUGCUGUGGGAUGGGCUGCGAAUGUUGUUACUGUCGGAUUUGCGAUACUCGUGCUCAUUUUCUAUGACUUUCCUACCGUGAUCCCAGUCACCGGAAGCAACAUGAACUGGGAGGAGAAUCCUAAUGAAACAGAGCUUUAUCAUGUGUAG